CCGUAGGUUGGCGGGGAACCUGAGCCCUGGUGGUCGCCAUGAUGGAUGCAGGGGCCCCAAACUUGAGGCUGUCUUUGUGGCGGCCGCUUCAGUGCCUCCUGUUGCUGCUGCUGGUUUGGCGUGGAACUCUGGCCAACAAACUGAACGUGCCUCAGGUGUUGCUACCCUUUGGCCGGGAGCCAGGGCGGGUGCCCUUCCCUCUGGAGGCACAGCGGGGCUGCUACACUUGGCAUUCCACCCAUCAUGAUGCAGUUACUGUCAAGCCUUUAUAUGAAAAUGACACCUUGUGCUCCCGAAGAGCUGUACUCAUUGCUGAAUCUACCCAACCCAUACGCCUCAGCAGUAUUAUUCUUGCUCGGGAAGUAGUGACUGACCAUGAACUACGCUGUGAUGUUAAGGUUGAUGUGAUAACCAGUAUUGAAAUUGUGUCUCGGACCCGAGAACUCUAUGUAGAUGAUUCACCACUGGAACUGAUAGUGAGAGCGUUGGAUGCUGAAGGAAACACUUUCAGCAGCUUGGCAGGGAUGACGUUUGAGUGGAGCAUUGCCCAGGAUAACGAGUCAGCAAGAGAAGAGCUGUCUAGCAAAAUUAGGAUUCUGAAAUACUCUGAAGCAGAAUAUUCUCCUCCAGCUUAUAUAGUUGAGAUGGAAAAAGAAGAGAGGCAAGGAGAUAUGAUUUUGGUAUCUGGGAUUAGAACCGGAGCUGCUAUUGUAAAAGUUCGAAUUUUUGAACCAUUCUAUAAGAAAGUGGCAGCAGCAUUGAUACGUCUGCUUGUUUUGGAGAAUAUAUUUCUUAUACCUUCCCAUGAUAUUUAUCUCUUGGUAGGGGCUUUUAUUAAAUAUCAGGUUGCAAAAAUGGUUCAGGGAAAAAUGACAGAGGUGAAAUUUCCCCUGGAACAUUAUACACUGGAAUUGCAAGACCAUCGAGUUGCCCAAAAUGGAUCUGUUUCUGAGAAAGUGGCUUUAUUGGAUGAGAAAGCAGCCAUAGUUACUGCCUCCCAGCUGGGCCAAACUAAUGUGGUCUUUGUCCAUAAAAAUGUCUAUAUGCGAUCUGUGUCUGGACUCCCGAAUUGUACCAUAUAUGUUGUAGAGCCAGGAUUUUUAGGUUUCACUGUCCAACCUGGAAACCGCUGGAGUCUAGAGGUGGGACAGGUGUAUGUCAUCACAGUGGAAGUGUUUGAUCAAAGCAGCACCAAGGUCUAUACUUCAGAUAAUCUCAGAAUUACAUACGACUUUCCAAAGGAGUACUUUGAAGAGCAACUAACCACGGCGAAUGGAUCUUACCAUGUAGUAAAAGCCCUGAAGGAUGGUGCUGUGGUGAUCAACGCAUCCUUGGCUUCCAUCAUUUACCAGACUAAACAUAUUAAGCCUGUAAAAAUUCUAAUCAAACACCAACAAGAAGUCAAGAUUUAUUUUCCCAUCAAGCUCACACCCAGCUUUCUGGCAUUUCCUCAUCAUGCUAUGGAGACAUUGUAUCGUUAUAAAGUACAGGUGGAGGGAGGUAGUGGCAACUUCACCUGGAGCUCUUCUAAUGAAACAGUGGUCAUGGUAACUACCAAAGGUGUGGUGACUGCAGGGCUGGUCAAGGGCAACAGCACUGUUUUGGCCCGAGAUGUACAAAAUCCUUUUAGAUAUGGCGAAAUUAAGAUAUAUGUCCUGAAACUGAAUAAAAUGGAGCUGUUGCCAUUUCAUGCUGAUGUGGAGAUUGGUCACACGGUAGAGAUCCCUAUUGCAAUGUACCACAUGAACAGAGAGACCAAAGAAGUCAUCACCUUCACUGACUGCUCGCAUUUGUCCUUGGCUCUGAGCACGGAUAAGCAAGGAGUCUUUACUCUUUUCCAAGAAGGUAUUCAAAAACCUGGACCAACACACUGUUCCAGUAUUCACAUAGCUGCCAAAUCCCUGGGUCACACCUUGGUGACCGUGAGCGUGACUGAAUGUGAAGAGUACUUGGAGAGUAGUGCCACAUUUGCUGCUUAUGAACCCCUGAAGGCUGUCAAUCCCAUGGAAGUGGCGUUGGUGACAUGGCAGUCUGUGAAAGAAAUGAUAUUUGAAGGGGGCCCUCGUCCAUGGGUCCUGGAACCCUCCCGAUUCUUCUUGGAGUUGAAGAUGGAGAAGCCAGAGAAGAUUGGAGUAACCCAAGUCCGGCUGCCAGCUAAGAGAAAACAGAACCAAUACAUCUACAGGGUCCUGUGCCUGGACUUAGGGGAACAGGCUCUCACGUUUCGGAUUGGAAACCACCCAGGUGUCCUGAAUCCUAGUCCAGCUGUAGAGGUGGUACAGGUGAUCUUCAUAUGUGCCCACCCCGCCAGCAUGUCUGUCGCCCCAGUAUACAAGGUGCCAGCAGGAGCCCAGCCAUGUCCUCUGCCACAGCACAACAAACAGCUGAUUCCUGUAUCAAGCCUGAGAGACACUGUCCUAGAACUAACAGUGUUUGAUCAACAUAGGAGAAAGUUUGAUAACUUCAGUUCACUAAUAGUAGAGUGGAAAUCCUCCAACGAAACACUAGCCCACUUCGAAGAUUAUAAUGCAGUGGAGAUGGUAGCAAAGGAUGAUGGCAGUGGACAGACCCGGUUACACGGCCACCAGCUCCUUAAAGUACAUCAAUUAAAAGGAACUGUGCUCAUUGGAGUCAACUUUGUGGGCUACUCAGCAAAGAAAAGCCCCAAGGAAAUUUCCAACUUGCCCAGAUCUGCAACUGUGGAACUGCUCCUGGUAGAUGAUGUAACUGUACUACCUAAGAAUGCUACCAUCUACAACCAUCCUAAUGUGAAGGAAACAUUCACCCUUGUGGAAGGAUCUGGUUAUUUUUUAGUCAACAGCAGUGAGCAGGACAUUGUCACCAUCAACUAUAUGGAAGCAGAAAGUUCUGUCCAGUUAAUUCCAGUACAUCCUGGAUUUCUCACCUUGGAAGUCUAUGAUCUUUGCUUGGCCUCCUUGGGCCCAGCAACAGCUCACCUCAGAGUGUCAGACAUACAGGAACUGGAGCUUGAUCUCAUUGAUAAGGUUGAGAUCAGCAAGACCGUAUUAGUGACUGUGAGGGUUCUUGGCCCUUCCAGACGUCCAUUUCAAAAUAAAUACUUCAAAAGCAUGGAGCUUAAACUUCAGUUGGCUUCUGCCAUUGUCACCCUGACGCUAAUGGAGGAACAGGACGAAUACUCUGAAAACUACAUCCUUCGAGCUGUCACUGUUGGACAAACCACACUUGUAGCUAUUGCCAGAGACAAGGUGGGGAGAAAAUUCACAUCGGCUCCCCGGCAAAUUGAAGUGUUUCCUCCGUUCAGACUUGUUCCAGAGAAAAUGACACUGAUUCCAACUAACAUGAUGCAGGUAAUGUCCGAAGGCGGCCCCCAGCCCCAAUCCAUCAUUCACUUCUCUAUCAGUAACCAGACCGUGGCUAUUGUGAACCGGCGGGGACAAGUCACGGGGAAGGUGGCUGGCACAGCUGUGGUCCAUGGCACUAUCCAGACAGUAAAUGAAGACACUGGAAAAGUCAUUGUGUUUUCUCAGGAUGAAGUGCAGAUUGAAGUUGUCCAGCUCAGAGCUGUUAGGAUCCUGGCAGCUGCAACCAGACUCAUCACAGGGACUGAGAUGCCUGUUUAUGUCAUGGGAGUGACCAGUACCCAGACCCCUUUCUCCUUCAGCAAUGCCAACCCUGGGCUCACAUUCCAUUGGUCCAUGAGUAAAAGGGAUGUGUUGGAUCUAGUACCCAGGCAUUCAGAGGUUUUUCUACAGCUCCAAGCAGAGAAUAAUUUUGCCAUGGUUGUCCGCACAAAAGCAGCUGGUCGGACCAGUAUCAAAGUUACUGUCCACUGCAUGAACAGUUCCUCUGGGCAGUUUGAGGGGAAUUUUUUGGAACUGUCUGAUGAAGUGCAGAUCCUGGUGUUUGAAAAACUCCAACUUUUCUAUCCAGAGUGCCAACCUGAGCAGAUUCUGAUGCCUAUGAAUUCUCAGCUUAAACUCCACACCAACAGGGAAGGAGCUGCCUUUGUGAGUUCUCGUGUUCUCAGAUGUUUCCCUAAUUCGUCAGUCAUUGAAGAGGAUGGCGAAGGACUCCUGAAGGCUGGGUCUAUCGCAGGGACCGCCGUGUUGGAAGUCACCUCUAUAGAACCUUUUGGAGUAAAUCAAACAACCAUAACCGGGAUUCAGGUCGCACCUGUGACCUACCUGCGUGUGAGCAGUCAACCCAAGCUGUACACAGCCCACGGGAGGACUCUGACAGCCUUCCCACUGGGCAUGUCUCUCACCUUCGUCGUUCAGUUUUAUAAUAGCAUCGGAGAGAAAUUCCACACACACAACACUCAGCUUCAUCUGGCUCUGAACAGAGAUGACUUGUUGCUUAUUGGACCAGGAAACAAGAACUACACCUACGUGGCCCAGGCCGUGAACAGAGGAGUGACACUGAUUGGGCUUUGGGACCGGAGACAUCCAGGCAUGGCAGAUUACAUUCCUGUUGCUGUAGAACAUGCCAUUGAGCCAGACACCAAGCUUACCUUUGUUGGAGAUGUCAUUUGCUUUAGUACUCACCUGGUCAACCAACAUGGUGAACCCGGAAUAUGGAUGAUUUCUGCUGGAAAUAUUCUACAGACAGACAUUGCCACUGGAGUAGGAGUGGCCAGAAGUCCAGGAACUGCAACAAUUUUCCAUGAUAUCCCAGGAGUAGUGAAAACAUACAGAGAGGUGGUAGUCAACACAUCAUCAAGGUUAACGCUCAGUUACGACCUCAAGACUUACCUCACCAACACCCCCAAUUCCACUGCAUUCAAGCUGUUCAUCACCACGGGCAGAAACGGUGUCAAUCUUAAAGGAGCCUGUACUCCCAAUCAGGCCUUGGCCAUUACAAAGAUCCUUCUUCCAGAGACCCUCCUGGUGUGCCACGUACAAUUUAGUAACACUUUGCUAGACAUUCCAGCAAGCAAAGUCUUCCAUGUUCACUCAUAUUUCAGCAUGGAGAAAGGGGUGUAUGUGUGCCUCAUCAAAGCUCGGCCACAGUCCCAGGAGCUGCUCCAGGCCCUCAGUGGGGCAGACACCUCGGUCUACGGGUGGGCCACACUGGUCAGCCAACGCAGCAGGAAUGGAAUGCAAAGAAUCCUCAUUCCUUUAAUCCCAGCCUUUUACAUUAACCAGUCUGAACUGGUUCUCAGCCACCACCAAAAUGUCGGGGAGAUAAGAGUGCUGGGAGUGGACCGAGUUCUGGAGAAGCUUGAGGUCUUCCCCAGCAGCCCAGCUCUAGCGGUCUCUGCCCACAGGCACUCUCCCCUCAUGCCUGGCCUGGCCAGCUACUCUGUAAGAGUAGUCAACUUCACCUCCUUCCAGCAGAUGGCAUCAGCUGUUUUCAUCAACAUUUCCUGUGUGCUCACCAGUCAGAGUGAGGCUGUGGUGGUGAGAGUUACGGAGAAGCCUGGUGCAGGACAAUGCGAAGACGCUGGUGUCAUCAAGCGACUCCUAGGCUCUUACCAGAUCCUUUUCUUUACCCUCUUUGCGAUGUUGGCAUCAACAGCUUUCAUCUUUUUAGCAUACAACGCCUUCCUCAACAAACUGCAGGCAGUCCCAGUGGUUUACGUCCCCACUCUCGGAACACCCCAGCCAGGUUCUUACAUUUCUACGUGCUCUCCUCCCUUCAUGAACCAGCAACCCCCGCUGGCCCAGAGCCGGCUACAACACUGGCUAUGGAGCAGAAGGCACUAACCCGGGCUGGGCUAAGCCCCUUUCACCUUAAGGAGCAGA